GAAUUAGGGUUUCCUAAUUCAUAACAUUCCCAGGUAUUGCUUCAACAGUACCAUUCUCUCUGCGACUUCACUUGCUUGCUUGCCUCAGCUUCCAUGGCGGGUUCCCGACCUCAGAUAAAUAAGGCUCACAAGAGCCGCUUCUCUUCGAAAGCGUCUCGCCAAGUCCACAAAACUUCUCUUAGAGAUAAGAGCAGGAUUUCAAAAUCGGAACACAAUGUUACAAAGGGAGCUCGUGCUGCUCGGAUUCAGCGGAACAAAAUGGUAUGGGACCAGAAAUGGGCUGCCCUUUUGAAAGAGAAAAGGGCUUCAAGUGCUUCCACAAGCCCUCCUCGUGUUAUUGUUCUAUUUGGCCUUUCUGCUUCUGUAAACCUAGAUGCACUUUCAAAAGAUCUUUUGGCAUUAUUAUCUCCAGAGGGUACAAAAGCCACAUCUGCCACAAUUGCUUCUCCCGAUUACAAACUUAGAGCAACGGUCCUGAAAGCACCUCAUGGAGACCUGUUAACAUGUCUGGAAAUGGCUAAGGUUGCAGACCUGAUUGCUUUUGUAACAUCGUCUAUCUCUUUAUAUGAAGAAGAUAUGUCAGUUUUUCAUGUUGAUUUUUUUGGAAGCCAAUGCCUUUCUGUCUUUAGAGUUAUUGGUUUACCAAGUACAGCUUUGUUGAUCCGUGAUCUACCUUUGGAGCCUAAGAGGAAACAAGAGUUGAAGAAGCUGUGCUUGUCUAGCCUUGCAUGUGAAUUUCCUGGGGAUUGUAAGUUUUACCCGGCAGAUACAAAGGAUGAGUUGCACAAGUUUCUAUGGCUUUUCAAAGAGCAUCGGCUCACUGUUCCUCACUGGCGAAACCAACGUCCAUUCCUUAUGGCUCAAGAGGUUGAUUUGGUAAAUAAUGAUUGCAAUCCGGGAAAGUGUACCCUUGUACUGUCUGGUUACCUUCGUGCUCGCAGUCUCUCAGUAAAUCAGCUGGUCCAUCUGUCAGGAAUAGGUGAUUUUCAACUGUGGAAAAUAGAUCUUCUCAAGGAUCCUUUCCGCUUGAAUGCGAAAAAAGGGCCAGAAUUAAUGGAUUCUGAUGAAUUACAUGAUCUGCAGGCUAUCCGCUCUUUGGUCCCUGAUCGACUGAAACAAGAGCCUUUACUUGUUGAAAAUAUUCCAGAUCCUCUUGCUGGAGAACAAACAUGGCCAACAGAAGCAGAAAUGGCUGAGGCUGAUAGGAUUCAUAAGCAGAAAGAACAAAAGAAGAAGAUUCUUCCUCGAGGCACUUCAGACUACCAGGCUGCCUGGAUUGUAGAUGAUACAGAUGAGGAGGUUUCAGGGAGUGAGGACGAUGAGGUUGAUGGUAUGGUACUAGAUGAAGAAGAAAAUGGUUUUUCUGACCCUGAAGGAAGCAAUUAUUCAGAUCUUGAUGAAGAUCAUGCUGUUUCAAACUUGAGGAAUUCUGAUGACGAAACUGAAGCUGCUACGGCAAUGACUGAAGGUGAGAACUUGACAAGAGAGCAGAUAGAAGAUGAGAUUCGGAAGAUUAAAGAUGCACAUGCAGAAGAUGAGGAAUUCGCAGAUGAAGUGGAUACUCCUUUGGAUGUUCCUGCUCGAAAACGUUUUGCAAAGUUUAGAGGGCUGAAGUCUUUUAGGACUUCAUCAUGGGACCCAAAAGAGUCUCUUCCUCCCGAAUAUGCGAGAAUUUUUGCCUUUGAUAAUUUUGCAAGAACACGGAAACUCAUUUUAUCCAAAGCUUUAGAUAUGGAUCAAGGGAAAGAAGAUUGUGUGUCAGUUGGCUCGUACAUAAGGCUUUUUAUCAAGGAAGUGCAAGUUGAUGUUGCUUCCAAACUUAGUGUAUUGGCAAGGACAUCGCUUGUGUUAGCAUGUGGACUUUUCCAGCAUGAGUCCAAGAUAUCUGUCAUGCAUUUCAGUAUAAGGAAACAUGACAGUUAUAGUGCUCCUAUUAAAGCUAAAGAAUCAUUGAUUUUUCAUGUUGGCUUCCGCCAAUUUAUUACUAGGCCUAUAUUUUCUUCUGAUAAUAUGAAUUCAGACAAGCAUAAAAUGGAGAGGUUCCUACAUGCAGGGCACUUUUCUAUUGCUUCAGUUUAUGCACCAAUUUCAUUUCCUCCUCUGCCACUGAUAGUCUUGAAGUGUGGGCAAGGAGAGGCUAGUCCUACUGCUGGUGCUGCUGUUGGAUCAUUAAAAAGUAUUGACCCAGAUAGGAUAAUUUUAAAGAAAAUCAUUUUAACUGGAUACCCCCAACGAGUGUCAAAAUUAAAAGCCACUGUCCGAUAUAUGUUUCAUAAUCCUGAGGACGUGAGAUGGUUCAAGCCGGUUGAAGUUUGGACAAAAUGUGGUCGCCGUGGCCGAGUAAAGGAACCUGUUGGGACUCAUGGGGCAAUGAAGUGCACAUUUGAUGGCGUUGUUCAACAGCACGAUACUGUAUGCAUGAGCUUGUACAAACGUGUGUACCCUAAGUGGCCAGAACAGAGAUUUCCAGUUCUUGAUAGGUGAUGGUCACUGGUGUGGUUUCCAUAUCACUACAUGAUUGUGGAAUUGUGUCUGAUCUCUCUGGUCACAGACGAGAUCUGAGUGUGUCAUUGGUGGGGAUGAAGCUUUGGUUCAGAUUGACGGGACAAUCUCAUUUUUGCUUGUAAGCAAAUAUGUGGUUGAGUCCAUUGUACAACUUCUCAAAUCAUUGAGAGGAAGAUAUUUUUCUUGUUUUGUUAUUGUAGUACUCAACACUAGCCUAAUUUUUAUUCACUUUUAAUUUUAAUAUUACAUAUUUUGUAUCCAA